AACUUCGCGAGCCGAAAAGAUGGCGGCUGUGGCUGUGCCGCUGCAGGGCUUGCGGCGCUUGUGUCGCGUGCUGCUGUUCCUCUCGCAGUUCUACAUCCUGUCGGGCGGCGGGUCCUUAAAUGUAGAGCCUUCGCAGCCGCUGGCUCAAUCAGUCAAGGAUCCGGGCCCGACACGUACUUUCACAGUAGUUCCCAGGGCAGCAGAAAGUACCGAUAUUCCACCUUAUGUGACGAAGUGUCCAAGCAAUGGUUUGUGUAGCAGACUUCCCGCAGACUGUAUAGAGUGCAAGACCAAUUUCUCCUGUGUCUAUGGGAAGCCUGUCACUUUUGACUGCACAGUCAAACCUUCUGUUACCUGUGUUGAUCAAGACUUCAAAUCCCAAAAGAACUUCAUCAUCAACAUGACUUGCAGAUUCUGCUGGCAGCUUCCGGAAACAGACUACGAGUGUUCCAAUUCCACCAGCUGCAUGACGGUGUCCUGCCCAAGGCAGCGCUACAUUGCCAACUGCACUGUGCGGGACCACAUCCACUGCUUGGGUAACCGUACUUUUCCGAAAAUGCUUUACUGCAACUGGACUGGAGGUUAUAAGUGGUCUACUGCUCUGGCUCUGAGCAUCACCCUUGGUGGGUUUGGAGCGGACCGCUUUUACCUGGGUCAGUGGCGAGAAGGCCUUGGCAAGCUCUUCAGCUUCGGGGGCCUGGGAAUAUGGACUCUGAUCGAUGUGCUGCUCAUUGGGGUUGGCUACGUGGGGCCUGCGGAUGGCUCUUUGUACAUUUAGCUGUGAUUAUGUGCUUCGGAGAGGAGCAGUGCUUGGAAAACAUCCUCUUAGCUGUAGUAGUCAGUGUGCUGAGUGGUGUAUUUUGUAUGUUUUAAUGUACAGCAUCUGUACUUUGCCUGCCUUGAUGAAGGUAAAAUAAAAAACACUGAACCAUG